CCCAUAGUCACAAUUCAAAAUUUAUUUGGACCCUUCUGACCAAUAGCCGUCUCUGUAGGAGUCCGUAAUCUCCGUGCUUCGGCUACACCUUCUCAAAUCUUCAGCUUUUUGCUCCCUCGCACAGAAACUCUUCUGUCUAAACUGUUUGGGCAGAUUUUCCGGAGAUUCCGUACUUCAAGAGCAGCUGGAGAUCACCAAAGAGAUACACGUACGCUCGCAGGGAGUGGAACUGCGUUUGAAAUACUCGGUUACAGUUCUGGUGUUUAUUUUUUCCAGAGAGGGAACUGUAAGCAGCGGAGAAAUGUUGGAUAACGAGGUGGAGGAUAUGGUGGAGUAUACGUUUACGGUGGUGGAGAUUGAUCUGGAUUACGAAUUUGACGCGCCGCGGUACUUCAAUUUCUGCGGCGGAGAGUCUCCUGUGGAGGCGCGUGCAGCUGAGAGCUGGUUUGAAACGGCCGGCACAUAUCCGCCGUCUCCUUUUGUCAAAAAGUUAGUAUCAAGCGAAGGCAAUUGUUGUGGAAACAUAAGUGCCUAUGCUAAACCCAAAGAUGCUGAUAGUAUGAGUUUGUCUGAAAGUGAUUCUGAUACAGAGGAUGUCUAUGAAAAGCGUUCUUCUAGACAAGUGUGUAGUACAGCAGGAGAUAGAACAGGAAUUGCACCUAUGUUGGCUAGCACCACUGUGCUGAAAUUUCAAAAUCUACCCGAAGUAUUACCAACAGGCUUGACAUUCUAUAAUCACCUUCUGAAAGAUAAUUCAAAAGCAAAAAAUAAGUAUGGCAGGAAGCCUUCAUAUCCCAGGUCCUCUACUCUAAUGAAACCAACAGCAAGUCACCUGGCCAAGCAGAACCCUUCUCACCUAGUUGGUGGUGUAAGAUUUCCUAAUUCGGUGCGUGAUAUAGCGGAGCCAAAAGCAAUUGUCAGUGAUAACCAAGCUAGCAAGAGACAGAAGCUUGAAGGUGGUCUGCUGCACAAGGUUACUGAUACAAAGGCACAAACAAACUUCAUUCAUAAGGCUCCUAAAAGGGGAAUGACUACAGAAAGAAGCAGAAAAUUUCCAAUUCCAAACUUUCCGGAUAAACCACAGAAAGAAACAGAAAAUGCGACAUCAGAUGUUUACAGAUUUAAAGCCCGUCCUUUGAAUAGAAAAAUGUUUGAAACUACUUCACUGAUUCCAAAGAGAAGUACCCCACAACCACCCCAAUUUCAAGAGUUCAAUUUAAAGACAUCAGAGAGGGCUAUGCAGCACAAAUCAGCAACUUCUUCCAAUGUUGUUUCCAAUAAUACCAAUAAGGAGUUCCAUUUAAAGACAUCAGAGAGGGCUAUGCAGCACAAAUCAGCAACUUCUUUCAAUGUUGUUUCCAAUAAUACCAAUAAGGUAUUACAAAAUUCUAAUACCGGUUUCAGCUUUGAGUGCGAAAACAAAGAACGUAGAAAACCCAAUAUCACGGAACAAGUGAAACAAGAAGGAUCAUUGUCAUCAAACAAGUUAAAAGCUCUCCCUCUUAAUAAGAAGAUACUUUUGAGCAGAGGAGAGUUGGGGGUUUUUCGUAACAUCAAGAAGGAAACCACUGUACCCAUGGAAUUUAACUUUCUUACUGAAAAGAGAGGAGUUCAUCAUAAUCACUCUAACCCACCAAUCGAACUCUUUAACAAGUUAUCUCUAGCAUGUGGAACUCAAUCAAGUGCUGAGGCUCCUUCAAGGUUGAAACAGCCUGCCUUCAUAACUUCAAAGGUUUCACUUAUUCCCUAUCGUUUAAGGGUCUCUUUCCAUGGAGGGUUUUGGAGAGGGUUCUAAAGAAAAUAGAUGGGCAUACUUCCAACAAAACUGUGAGAUAAAACAGACAGACAAAGAAAAGUCACAAGGUCUUCUUGCAAAGCAGAUUCAAAAAGUUGGCGACAGGGUUGUUAACAACUUCAGGAGGUGAUAGUAGGGGAAAAAGGUAGUUUUUCUCGGCCCCUUGGUGAUAAACCACACACAACCGGUCCAGCAUCAGCCUUUCCUGCUUCUUGUUUAAACUUGGGAGGUUAAUACAACACAUAACACAGUGUAAAUAGAAUGUUCAGAAAGUAGGAAAGGGCUUUUUCCUGGAUGGUUUCAUUUGACUCGAAAAUAUCGCUCUUGCGCCUCAACAUUGUUCCCUAAAGAAGAUUUAUGAGCUAAUAAAAAGCCUUGCAGAGUUCAUUAUCGGCUUAAGGUCUGUUACACUGAUUGGAAAAACUGCUUGUAUACUAUCAACCCUAUGGCUAGACUUUGAAACGAUCACCUAACUAAUAUCAGACAAGAUCAAACCAGACUUAGACUAUGUUUGGCAUAACGAGCUGUAACUGGAGGUUAAUGUCUGAAAUAUGAGCUAUUGUUUGAACCAGGGAUUGUUGUCCGGAGCUGAACUUUGAAGUGCUGAAUCUUAACUGAGUAGAGUAGACAGACAUGUUUGGCAAAAAGAGUUGAAACAUUACAGAGAUAAUACGAAAUGACAUUAAAGGACGUAUGAUUUAUAAAAUACACUGAGACCAAACAUUUACCAGACCAAAAUAGAUCAAUUCAAAUCAAACAAAAAAUGGAAAGUUGGUAAAGUUUUAAGGAUGGAGGGAGUACGCGGUGAUCACCCGUACCCGUACUCGUCCUCAUACCCCUACCCUAACGCGUACCUAGCCCCCAUCCCACUACCCCUACCUCGAACCCUACCCCUAGAAUUUACUAAGAAUUUACCCAGAAGGCCAAAACUCAAAAUAGGAAUAAAUCAUCGGCCAAUUUCAAUACUAGAAACUUGUGUGUUUUGUUUUUUAGAGCACGGGUGGUGAAUUCACAAAUUAUACGAUACAAUCGGUUGUAUCAAAAGCAUGAUACAACCAGUAUUUUAAUAAUUAGUUGUAGCUCGUGAGAUAAUUAUGUCCCUUGUUUCUCUUAUUCUUUCUUUUCUGCAGCUACUCCUUUC